AUGGAUCACAGAACGAAACCUAACGAUUCGUUCUCUUACUCCACUCUCUUCAAUCUCCAGUCUUUGAUCAACUUUGAACUUCCAGAACAAGAUGAUGAUUUUGAGUAUUAUGGGAAUAGUAGUCAGGAUGAGAGCAGAAACAGCCGAGGUGGGGCAGUUGCAAGUCAUAGUAAUGGGAAUGUGUUGAAUAAGAGGAGUCGGUCUGGAAACAGUGACAACGAGGAAAAAAGUGGUUUUCACGGGGCACAUACGAUGGAAGAACGAUACCGAUCAAUGCUUGGAGACCAUAUUAAGAAAUACCAGAGAAGGUUUAAGGGUACCACGGCUAGUCCGGACACGAAGCAGGUUGCUGUUCCGUUUGCAAAAGCUAACAAUGGAUUAAAAGCUCAUAAGAUGGGGAGUGAGCGUAGGCGAGGAUUGCUUGAUGAAGAGACUAUGUCUGAAUGGAUGAAUGGUUCUAAUGUUCAGAAACCAGGGAACCUUCUUGAUACGGAUUUCGUACGGCAACAUAGCUCUGAUAGGGUUAUGUAUGAACCUUCUUCUGUGAAUAUUGGGGACGGUGUGACUUAUAAGAUUCCUCCAAUUUAUGAUAAGUUGGCAGCAAUGGUGAACCUUCCAAGCUUCUCAGAUAUCCACGUUGAGGACUUCUACCUUAAGGGUACAUUGGAUUUGGGCUCCUUGGCUGAAAUGAUGGCAUCUGAUAAAAAGUUUGGGAAUAGAAACCGAGCCGGCAUGGGGGAAACUGUAUCCCAAUAUGAAUCACUUCAAGCACGUCUAAAGGACACACCAGUUUCUAAUUCAGCUCACAAAUUCAGUCUGAAACUAUCUGAUGCUGAUUUGAAUUCCUCCAUUCCAGAGGGGGCAGCUGGAAGCAUAAAGCGGUCUAUUUUAUCUGAGGGGGGUAUAUUGCAGGUUUAUUAUGUGAAGGUUUUGGAGAAAGGAGACACUUAUGAGAUCAUUGAAAGAAGCUUACCCAAGAAACAAAAGGUAAAGAAAGACCCUGAGUUAAUAGAGAAAGAGGAAAUGGAUAAGUUUGGAAAGAUUUGGGUAAAUAUUGUUAGAAGAGACCUACCAAGGCAUCAUAGGAAUUUUACCACUUUUCAUCGAAAGCAGCUCGUUGAUGCUAAGAGGGCUGCAGAUAACUGUCAAAGAGAGGUUAAAAUGAAAGUUAGUAGAUCGCUUAAAUGGACAAGAACUGCUAGCAUGCGCUCCCGAAAACUAGCUAGAGACAUGUUACUAUUCUGGAAACGAAUAGAUAAGGAGAUGUUAGAAGUAAGGAAAAGGGAGGAAAAAGAAGCUGCUGAAGCUUUGAGGCGCGAGCAGGAGAUUCGAGAAGCCAAGAGGCAGCAGCAAAGGCUAAAUUUUCUAAUACAACAGACUGAGCUAUACAGUCACUUUAUGCAGAACAAGUCAAUAUCUUCAGAAGCUCUAUCCAUGGCAGAUGAAAAUACAAAUGAUGAAAAUGCACUGAUCAACUCUUCAGCUGCUGGUCGUAACGAGGAGGAAGAUCCCGAAGAGGCUGAAUUGAGGAGGGAAGCUUUGAAAGCUGCUCAAGAAGCAGUUUCUAAGCAGAAAAUGUUAACAAAUGCUUUUGACAGUGAAUACUUGAGGCUGCGCCAGGCUGGUGAAUCUGAUUCACUUCAACCAGAAGUUUCUGGAGCAAGUAAUAUUGACUUGAAAACCCCCUCCACCAUGCCCGUGGCAUCGACAGUUCGGACACCUGAAUUAUUUAAUGGCUGUCUCAAAGAUUAUCAGCUAAAAGGUCUUCAGUGGCUAGUUAAUUGUUACGAGCAGGGUUUAAAUGGUAUUCUUGCUGAUGAGAUGGGACUUGGAAAGACCAUUCAGGCUAUGGUUUUUUUAGCUCAUUUAGCUGAGGAGAAAAACAUAUGGGGACCUUUUUUGGUUGUUGCACCUGCUUCUGUAUUGAAUAAUUGGAAUGAGGAACUCGAGCGCUUCUGCCCCGAACUGAAAGUACUUCCUUAUUGGGGUGGGCUUUCAGAGCGGACAGUGCUUAGGAAAAGUAUGAACCCAAAGGAUCUUUACCGCAGGGAAGCUAAAUUUCACAUUCUCAUCACAAGCUACCAGCUGUUAGUCUCUGAUGAGAAGUAUUUCCGGCGCGUGAAAUGGCAGUAUAUGGUUUUAGACGAAGCUCAGGCAAUUAAAAGUUCCAACAGUAUAAGAUGGAAGACACUCCUCAGCUUUAACUGUCGGAAUCGCCUACUGCUGACCGGUACACCUGUUCAGAAUAAUAUGGCCGAGUUAUGGGCUCUUCUUCACUUCAUUAUGCCAACUUUAUUUGACAGCCAUGAGCAGUUUAAUGAGUGGUUUUCAAAAGGAAUUGAGAACCAUGCAGAACACGGGGGUACUUUAAAUGAGCACCAACUUAAUCGAUUGCAUUCAAUUAUAAAGCCUUUCAUGCUUCGGCGUGUUAAAAAAGAUGUAGUUUCUGAGCUGACUAGCAAAACUGAAGUUACCGUGCACUGCAAGUUAAGUUCCCGGCAACAAGCUUUCUAUCAAGCAAUUAAGAACAAGAUAUCUCUUGCUGAACUGUUUGAUAGUAAUCGUGGACAGCUCAAUGAGAAGAAAAUCUUGAAUUUAAUGAACAUUGUUAUUCAACUGAGAAAGGUUUGCAACCAUCCAGAGUUGUUUGAGAGGAGUGAGGGAAGCACAUACCUUUACUUUGGAAAGAUUCCAAAUUCCCUUCCUCCUCCUCCAUUUGGGGAGUUAGAGGAUGUAUAUUAUUCGGGUGGUCACAACCCCAUCUCAUAUGAGAUACCUAAACUUGUCUAUCAAGAAAUUUUGCGGAGGUCUGUAACUCUCAGUUCAGAUGUUGGUCAUGAAGAUAUGCAUGUUAAAAGUGGAACCUUUGGGUUUACCCAUUUGAUGGGUUUGUCUCCUCAAGAGGUGACAUUUCUGGUUACUGGUUCUUUUAUGGAGCGACUGUUAUUUUCUAUGAUGAGAUGGGAACAAAAAUUCAGUAAUGAAGUUUUAGACUUUCUUACGGAGACCAUAAUUGAUGAUCUGGAAUGUAGCUACCUUGAAGAAGGAAAAGUGAGAACUGUUACUCGAAUGUUGUUGGUACCGUUGAGAUCUGAGACUAAGUUUCUUCAAAACAGAUUGCCAACGGGACUCAGCCAUGCUCCUUUUGAGGCCUUGGUUGUCCCACAUCAGGAGAGGAUUUUAUCAAAUGCAAGGCUUCUCCACUCAGCUUACACAUAUAUUCCAAAAAGUAGAGCACCCCCAAUUGGUGCUCACUGCUCUGAUAGGAACUUCUACUAUAACAUGAUUGAGGAAUUACAUGAUCCAUGGGUUAAGAGGAUGUUUGUGGGAUUUGCCCGUACAUCUGAUUGUAAUGGGCCUAGAAAGCCAGAUGGUUCUCAUCAUUUAAUUCAAGAAAUCGACUCUGAACAAUCUGUCUGUAAACCUGCUCUUCAGUUAACACACAGUAUUUUUGGGUCUUCUCCACCUAUGCAAAACUUUGACCCAGCAAAAUUGCUUACUGACUCUGGGAAGCUUCAAACACUUGAUAUAUUAUUGAAACGCUUAAGAGCAGGAAAUCACCGCGUUCUCUUGUUUGCUCAGAUGACCAAGAUGCUAAAUAUUUUGGAGGACUAUAUGAACUACAGAAAAUAUAAGUAUUUUAGACUUGAUGGAUCAACAUCUAUUCAGGACCGCAGAGACAUGGUCAGAGACUUUCAGCACAGGGCUGAUAUUUUUGUGUUCUUACUGAGUACAAGAGCUGGUGGAUUGGGUAUUAACUUGACAGCUGCUGACACAGUCAUAUUUUACGAGAGUGAUUGGAAUCCAACAUUGGAUCUACAGGCAAUGGACAGAGCUCAUCGUUUGGGUCAAACAAAAGAUGUUACUGUCUACCGACUUAUAUGUAAAGAGACAGUUGAAGAGAAGAUUCUUCUCAGAGCUAGUCAGAAAAGUACUGUACAGAAUCUUGUCAUGACUGGUGGUUCUGUUGGUGGUGAUCUUUUAGCUCCUGAGGAUGUGGUAUCUUUGCUUCUGGAUGAUGUUCAGUUGCAGCAGAAAUUUAAAGCUAUAACUGUCCAGGGUAGGGAUAAGCAAAAGAAAAAACCUAUGAAGGGUAUUUUGGUAAAUGAAGAUGGUGAUGCAUCUCUGGAAGAUGUAUCGAACUCUGUAGCCCUGGGUACAGCAGAUCAUGAUCUUGCCGUAGACCCAGAGGGAUCAAAAUCCAGUAAUAAAAAGAGAAAAGCUGCUUCAGAUAAGAAAACUUUGAGACCAAAGAAUUCACAAAAGACUAGUGAAUUUGAUGCCACACCUAGGGACGACGAAUUGGAUGGUGUCCACUUAAAUACUGAUCCAGCCGCUCAGAGACCCAAGAGACCAAAGAGAACAAAGAAGAACGUGAAUGAAAUGUUUGAAGAGACUCUUACCGGGUCAGCUACUAAGGUCCCAGAGCAAACCCAAUUUCAACCUCCACGAGAUGAGGUUCCAAAAUAG